AUGUGUGGUUCUGAUAAGAAAUUAGAUGAAAUUCGUGCGCUUAUCCUUGUCGGCGGUUAUGGAACACGUUUAAGACCCCUAACAUUAAGUAGACCGAAGCCAUUAGUAGAGUUUGCUAAUAAACCAAUACUUAUGCACCAAAUUGAAGCACUUGUUGAUGCUGGAGUAACUGAGGUAAUAUUAGCUGUCUCAUAUAGGGCUGAGGACAUGGAGAAGGAAUUGACUGAGCAAGUUUCAAAGCUUGGUGUUUCGUUAACAUUCUCACAUGAGACAGAACCUUUAGGUACUGCUGGACCACUGGCUUUAGCCAGGGAACUAUUAAAUAAAAGUACAGAACCCUUUUUUGUCCUGAACUCUGAUGUUAUAUGUGAAUUCCCUUUUAAAGAACUUGCAAAAUUCCACAGAAACCAUGGCAAGGAAGGUACAAUUGUAGUUACCAAAGUUGAAGAGCCUUCCAAAUAUGGUGUUGUUCUUUACAAAGAAAAUGGAGAGAUUGAAAGUUUUGUUGAAAAGCCACAAGAAUUUAUAUCUAAUAAAAUUAAUUCAGGUAUUUACAUAUUGAAUCCAUCAGUUCUAAGUAGAAUAGAGUUACGUCCAACCUCAAUUGAAAAAGAAGUUUUUCCAUUCAUGGCCCAGGAUGGUCAACUCUAUGCUAUGGAAUUGCAAGGGUUCUGGAUGGAUGUAGGACAACCGAAAGACUUCCUUACAGGAAUGUGCCUCUAUCUAAACAGUCUCAGACAAAAGAAUUCAAGUAAACUUCACAAUGGUGUAGAAGUGGUUGGUAAUGUUUUGGUUGAUCCCACGGCAACUAUAGGCAAAGGAUGUCGCAUAGGACCCAAUGUUACCAUAGGCCCUGACGUAGUUAUUGAAGAUGGGGCGUGUAUAAAACGCACGACAAUAUUACGUGGUGCAUGUGUAAGGCAGCAUGCUUGGCUUGAUGGAUGUAUUGUAGGUUGGCGGUCAGUUGUGGGUCGUUGGGUCAGAAUGGAGAAUUGCACAGUGCUUGGUGAAGAUGUAAUAGUCAAAGAUGAACUCUAUGUCAAUGGGGGUCAAGUACUUCCACACAAGUCUAUAGCCUUAUCUGUGCCUGAACCACAGAUUAUUAUGUAA